AUGUCGGCAAUAUCGGCUCCAUCGAUACCUCAACAACUUGGUGUGCUUAGUCGGUAUCUAGGUCGUCUCGCGUCUACCGACCCCGAUCAAGUAUGGGAGGCUUCUAGGAAGGUCCGUGAAGUUUUGAAAGGCGAGAUGGUCCCACUGCCCGAGCAGGAGGAGGAUGAGGAGGUCGCGACGGUUGAUGUCUGCGAAGGCCGACCAGAAGACAGUGUGAAAGCUCUGAGUGCUAUCACUGCCACCUUUAAGGCCACAAACAUGACCGAUGCCGAUACGUGGACUUCCUUGUUGAAGCAUCUCGGAGUUUCCACCUCCUCAACUGAACCUAACCAAUGGACCCCAGAGCUCCUCUCGGGGUCCAUAAGCAUCCAGAAGAAUGCUCUCCAAGGUGGCUUCCUCGAUACACAGCUCCUCGCUGCGACCGUUGAUACCAUGGCCGCGCUGCCUCCGGAGGAUGUCUCCGUCUGCGAUCUGAAUACGAUGGUCUCGAUUCUUUCUAAAGUCGGUGUUGCUGAACCCGACAUUUUGUAUAAACUACGACAUUUGUGGCUGGGGAAGCUGUCCGAUAUGGAUUUAGGAGCAAUUGUCUCUAUAUUGGACCUACUCGGACAUGCUAAGGUGCCCGACCAUGAAAUUUUCCUCACAGCCAGCGAGGUGCUCCAGCUGUCCGCGGACGUCUUCACCUUGCCCCAGUGUAUAUCUCUCCUUCGUAGUUGUGCUCGCUGUGGGGAGUUCCACGUCCGCCUUUUCCACUGCAUAUUCGCCAGAAUCGUCACCCUCCUGCCCACGGCUAAUAUCUCUGUGCAUGCGUGCGGCGCCAUCUUGGACUCAAUGGCUUCCUUGAGAGCACGAGAUGACCGAGUUGUGCUAGCCACGGCACUCAAGCUGAAUCAACUCCUGGAAACGAGUCAUGAUAGCGGUCCCGAUACCACUCGAUCUCCACUUCUCGAUUUACAGCACGUCUCCUCUUGCCUCCGAGCCCUCUCAAAGCUCGGUUUCGUACAGCCAUCGACUUUGGAGAACCUCAUGGCCACCUGCCGCCGCUGUCUGUCUUCCAAUACGCUCACAUUGGAUCUCGGCAUAGUCGGCUUACUAUCCCACAGUAUUAACAGACUCGGGCUGUACGAUCCUGUCGUGACCUGGCAUCUUCACAAUGCAGUACGGCGCUCUUUGGAUGACCCCGACGUUGAAAAGCAAACAGAUGCCCGGUUGGUCGCGGCACUCUCCGCAUGCUAUAACUGCAUCGGACCCCUUCCCGAGGAGAUCGAGCAAGAUUUCCAGUUGACUGCAGUUAGAAUAGUUAAUUUAAUGCUGCAGAGGCACAGAGAAAAGGGCACCGAGAUGAAAUCUCGGACAAGAGUGAGCAUCCACACUGCAUUACUCGCUAUCAUCCCUCACGAUCCCUCCAGAGUCGCACCAGAGGCCGCCGAACUCGACCCGAGGGCAAUAGUGACCUCUGCCGUCGAGGAGUCUAGUUCUGGUCUGAUGAAGGAGGUUCUGCAAGCAGUCAAGGGUCUACGAGAUGGACUCUCCGUACAAGAGGAGGACCCCAACUGA